AUGAAAGUAAGUAGAAAUAAGAAAAGUAAUAAAAAAACUAGACAAAAUAAGGAAAAGUAUAAUUCAUCUAAGAAGGUAACAAAAAAUAAUAAAACUGUAUCAAAAAGUAAAAUAACAAAAUAUGAUAAAUUAAAGAGUAAGAAAGUUGGUAAAAGUAACAUAUUAAAAAAUGGUUUAUCAAAAAAUUGUAAGUCAAUGAAAGUUCAAAAAGGAAUGAAAAAAAUAAAAGUUAAUUCAUUGAAAAUCAAAAGUAAGAUAAAAAAGAAUGAUUCAUUAAAAAGUAAAACGCGAAAAGAUAAUAAAAGAUACAGUUGGUUAUUUGAAAAAAAAAAAAAUGAAUCCGUUGGUGAUAGCAAUAGUGAGAAUGAAAAGGAUAUUACUGAAAAUAAAAUAAAAAAAAAAAAAAAAUUUGUUUUAUUUAAAAAAAGAAAAAAUAACAAUAAAAGUAAAGUUGUUCUAAGUUGCUUUCAAAAUUUGGGAUUAAGUGAAAAAAUGUGUAAAAGUAUAUCAACCAAUUUAAAAUACAAUAAACCAACAGAUAUUCAAAAAUUAUGCAUACCUAAAAUUUUUAGUAGAAAAGAUGUUAUAUGUGUUAGUAAAACCGGAUCUGGAAAGUCACUUGUAUAUUUAAGUACAUUAAUAGAUAUAUUAAAAGAACAUAGUAAAUAUUUUGGCAUAAGAGGAUUAAUAAUUUUACCAACAAAAGAAUUAGUUAUACAGAUUUAUAAAUUAGCAAAAAAAAUUUGUUGUAAUUUUUUUAAUCUUAAUAUAAACAUUAUUAUAGGUGGAGUUAGUUUAGUAAAGCAAUUUGAUAUCUUAAAAGAAAAUUUAGAUAUUUUAAUUUGCACACCAGGAAGAAUGAGUUUUAUAUUAGAAGAAACUAAGCUGAGUUUAGAAAAAGUGGAAAUAUUAAUUAUUGAUGAAGCUGAUAGAUUAUUAGAAUUAAAUUAUUACAAUGAUAUGAAUUUAAUAUAUAAAAAUUUAACUAAUACUUCUAAGCAAACCAUAUUAAUUAGUGCAACGUUACCAACAAACGUGGAAAAUUAUUUUAAAUUGAAAUUAAAUAAUCCUGAUAUCGCGUUUGUAAAUUCAGAUAAUAUGAUAAGUGAUCAGUUAGAUUUACAUUUUUUAUUUUGCAGAUCAUAUGAAAAGUAUGCUGUACUUCUUAAAUUAAUUUUAAUAUUUAAAAGUAAAAAUUUAGGGAAAACUAUGUUAUUUUUUUGUACAAAAUAUCACAUAUUAUUUUUUAGUAAAAUUUUAAAUUACUUGAAAAUAUCACAUUCUGUUUUAUAUGGAAAUGCUGAUACAUCUUUUAGAUUUCAGCAGAUUAAUAAUUUUACAAAUGAUGAGAAAAUUCAGUUUCUAUUAGUAACUGAUUUAGCUUCAAGAGGAAUUAAUAUAACAUCUGUUCAGAAUGUUAUCAAUUAUAAUUUACCGUUUUCAUCUAAACUUUUUAUUCAUAGAAUUGGAAGAGCUUGCAGAAAUAAUAUGAAAGGAUAUGCUAUAUCUAUCGUAACAUAUCAAGAUAUUUUAUAUGCUUAUGAGAUAUGUUUUUUUAUUGGAAAAAAAUUAAAAUUCUUUAAAAAUGUUGAAGAUAGUAAAAAAGAAAAAAUUGAAAACAAUCUAGAAGAUUUAAAUAAUGAAAGCGAUGGGAACAAAGAGAAUAAUUAUAAUGAAACAGAUGAAACAAGUCAUCAUCAUUUUGAUGAAAAAGGCAAAAAUGCAAUAAAAGUUGAUAACAAUAUAAGUGAACAUAAGGAAAAGGAUUAUAAUGAUAUAAAUGAAAGUAAAGAAAAAAAAAAGGAUAAUAAGAAAAACUGUAGUGACAUUAUAUAUUUAGGGGCAUUAGAUAAUAUUUGUGAUUACGUAGAAUAUAUUGAAAAUUUAAAGAGAUUUGAUAGUGAAUUAGUUUCUUUAAAUAAGAGCAUUUUAGCUUCUUAUAAAAUUUAUUUUUCUAUGCGACCAAAGGUUUCUAAAUAUGUCAGCACGAAGUGUAUUAAUAAAAUAAAAAAAAUGGGUGGGAUAUAUAAAUUGUGUUUAUGCUACCAUCCUGAUUUGAUAUAUAAGAAUUGUUUUUAUAACAGCGACAUUAUUAAUGUAAAUGAGAAUAAUAAAAAUUUAAAUAAUCCAAAUGAUGUUGAUGAUAUUUUCAGUAACUUAAUAAAUUUUUUAAAAACAAAUGGUAAAAAAGAAGGAAAAAAUGAUUAUGUAAAUAAUGAAAACAAAGAAAACAUUCAAAAAAAAAACACCACAGAUAGCACAAUUUUAGAGAUGAAAGAUGAAUUAAAAAACAAAAGAGAAUUUGUUUUGGAUAAUAAUAAUAUUAUUGAUAUAAAUAAUAAAAAUGAGAAAAAUUAUUCACACAAUGAAGUAUAUUCAUUUCUACAUAAUUUUCAAAAUAAUGAUAAUAACAAAGUAAAAAGUAUAUCUGAGGAGGUAAAAGAAAAAUUAAAUAAACUAAAAGAAAAAAGUGAAAAAUAUAAAUAUAGUAAAAAUAGUUUUUUGCCAAAUGAUAUAAGUGAUUUAACGUAUUCAUUUGCUUUGGGGUUAUCUGAUGAAGAAAUUGAUAUUGAAAAUUAUGAAGAACGGGAUAAAAACAUACUACUAAAUAGUAUAAAUGAAAUAAAUAAUGAAAAAAAAAAAAAAAAAAAAUUAAGUAAAAGAGCAUUAAGAAAGUUAUCUAAAGAAAAAAGUGGAAUUAAUAAUAUAGAAAUUUCUCAUAAAAAAAAAGAAGAAUUUUCUUUUGAUGAUAUUUUAAAAAAAAUAAAUGAAAAAAAAAUAAAAAAGGACACUAAUUUUAAUGAUUUAAAAACACCUGGUUAUGACUUACCACCAGAUGAAGAAGAAGAAAUGAAUAAACAAAGAUUUAUAAAAAAAAAUAUGUGGGAUAAAAAAAAAAAGAAAUUUGUUAUGACAGAGAUAGAUACUUUUCAAGAUAAAGUAAUAAAAGGUAAAGACGAACAAAAAAAAAAAUCCAAAAAUAAUAUGAAUACUGCAAAUAUUUAUCAGAAGUGGGUAAAAAAAACAAAAAACAGAAUUAAAAAAAUUGGAGAAUUAGAAGAUGAUAAUUAUAGGAGAGAUAAUAAAAAGAAAAGUAUAAUAAAUAUAAAUAAAAAUGAAAUUCAAAAGACUGAAAAUAAUGAUAAAGAAAAUAAUUUAAAUAUGUUAAAAUUAAUGCAUCCAGAGAUAACUGACGCAUUAUCAAAAAAUAUAAAAUUAACGAAAAAACAACAAAGAUUAUAUAAAAAAUAUAUAACAGGAAAAUACGUAAAUUCUAAAGAAAAAGGUGAGAAAAGUUCUCAAUUAAUCGCCAAAGAAAAAAAAAAAAUGUUACAAAAAAAAUUAAAAACAGAUAAAAAAUUUAGAAGCAAAUAUUUGAAAAUUAAAAAAAGAAAAUAUGAAAAAAAGUUACAAGAAAAACAAAAUUUGAAAAGUGCGAGAUCCAGAUCAUUAAUUAUUAUAAAAAAAAAAAAAAUAAUAAAAUAA